CUCCUCCGUUUGCGUUUCCGCAGAUCUUGCUAUGAUCUCCCCAGCCGGACGCCGGCCGAGAGGCUCACCGAUGACGUCCUCGUGGAGAUCCUCUCGCGCGUCCCCGCCAAGGAGCUGUGCCGCUGCAAGUGCGUCUGUAAGCACUGGCUCGGCCUCAUCCACCACCCCGACCACCGCAAAAGUCUCCCCCAAACCCUGGCCGGCUUCUUCUACGGCAGCAGCACCACCGGCGAGCGGCUUCUUGAACCGCCCUUCCACUUCACCACCCUCUCAGGGGACCGCCGUCCUCCAUUUGAUACCUCCUUCACUUUCCUGCCCAACCACCGCCCGCCGCGCGUCGAUCUGCUGGACUCCUGCAACGGCCUCCUCCUCUGCCGCCGCUACGACGUUUCCGAUGGGGUUGUCGCAUUCCGUUAUGUCGUGUGCAAUCCCGCCACCGAGAAGUGGGUUGUGUUGCCCAACUCCGGCAAGGCCACUGGCGAGGUGGCCACCACAUGUCUGGGCUUCGACCCGGCCCUAUCGUCGCAUUCCCAUGUGUUUGAGUUGGUACAUGAGCACAAUUAUAGUCAGGACACUGAUCUUUCCGGAGUGGCAGUGUAUUCGUCUGAAACUGGAGAGUGGGUUUAUAAGGAGGAGAGAUGGAUCGGAGAAGCUACCUGGCUCGCUAAUCGGCACUCCUCGGCAAGUGUAUUUCUUAAUGGCCUUCUGUUUUUUUGUGCCUUUGACCUCGAGUUAUUCGAGUAUGUAGCUGCAGUCGACACAAAGGGAGAAACGUGGAUGAAAUUCAGUGUCCCUGGUGGUGAGGUUAAUGAUUUUGGUCUGGCUGAUGGUUUUAUUCAGCGGUCGCAGGGCCGCUUGCACUAUGCCAGUUUUCAGAGGGAUAAAAAUGGUGUUGCCAUCCGAUUUGUAGUUUAUGUUCUGGAGAACUAUCAAGGCGAACCUUGGAUAUUGAAGCAUAGCAUUGAAACUUCAAACAUAUUUGGAUGGAGAGAUUUAUACCUUGAUGGGCAUUUUGAUUUUAUUGCAAUUCAUCCGAAAUGUGACUUGGUUUUCAUCAUUGCGGGGGGUAUCACAUUCAUGUGCUAUAAUAUGGAUAAUCGGCAAGUCAACGUGAUAUCCUAUCUGCCAGGUGCCAAGCAGCUAUUUUUGCCUUAUGUGCCGUUGUUCACAGAGUCACAGUCAUUGCACAUUUGACAUUAAUACGAGAUUGUUGGUGCCUUUAUAAGAAAAGUCGAUCUCUGACCGGAGUCAAUUCUUCAUGCUAUGGAGUAGCCGGCUCUCAUUUUCUCUGGCUGAAUGCAUGUUUUUUCGGUUUGGAGCAAUGGUGGUUCAGUAUGGAGGGAACUUGACUGAUUUCUCUGUGGUCAGUUAUCCAAAUUUGUACUCAACUUUCUGUCAUAUGUACUGGUUUCUGGUUUGGUCAACUUCUACCUUCAUGCAUUUCUUAACUUCUUGUAGUGUUUGCGUUAAGGUACUAUGGUCAAUAUGUAAAAGACAUGGACAAUGAUUAUCAUGCAGCAAA